AUGACGGGGCCUUAUUUAUUGUCAAGCUUGCGUUUGUUUUUCAAUGUUAAAAUGACAGAUACACCAGUCAAAAUUUGUCAAGAUUUAACGUUAAAAUGUCCACAAGGUUGGACAGAAAUAUUAUCCACUUGUUAUCUUCCUGUUACCGAUCUUCAUACAACAUGGCGGCAUGCUUACACUUACUGUCAAAGAUUUGGAGGAAAGUUAGCUGAACCUGCUGGUGAAGAUCAAACCAAACAAGUCAGUCGGCUAAUAACUAAUACCACCACAUCACAUUGGAUAGGCUUCACUCAGAAUGGUAUCCCAGACAAUGCCCCCGAGCAAGGAUUUUGGAGUGAUGAUAAACCCACCACAGUAGAUGCUGGUUGGUGGGACAACUUCCAGCCGGAUAGACGAGGUGGUGACUGUACAGUACUCCGAUAUACUACAGAAUGGAAAUGGUACAUGACGCAGUGUCUUGAGUUACGGCCCUUUAUUUGUGAAACCACUUCUUGUCCAACAGAUACAUUUCGAUGUUUAGAGGGAGAAUGUUUAAAUACAGAUAUAGUUUGUGACGGUAAAGCUGAUUGUCUGGAGGGCUGGGAUGAGAUCAACUGUGCUUCAGAUUGUAAUCAAUAUUUACAAAGUAGUGAAGGGCAGAUAACUCAUCCUCCUAAUCAAUUAUCAACCUAUUCACCACGCACCACGUGUCAAUGGACUAUACAUGGAACAGAAGGACACAAUUUAGUAUUAGAUAUAUCCGAGUUGGAUCUAGAAGACGGUAUAGAUUAUCUAGAAAUCUGGACUAGUGGAUUAACCAUAUCAACAUCUCGAUUACAUUCUAGAUUAACAGGCACAAAUCUCCAAAAUCUACAAUCUAUUUAUAGUUCAAACAAUUGUGCUAUCAUACGAUUGGUCACCGAUCCAUCCAAUCAAUUUGCAGGAUUUACUUUGGAUUGGGAAUCUGUCUCCGACCUAGUGUCUGGCGAUACUGUUUUACAAGCUACUGGAGUCUAUCAGCAACUCUCCUCACCUCUCUACCCCAAUAUUUACCUGGAUAAUCUAUAUACAGCCUGGUUGAUCAAAGCUACUGGUUCUAAUAUCAUCACCAUUGAGAUAACGGAUCUAGACAUUUCGAGUAAUGGUAAAGUGACGAUAUUUGAUGGUGAUAGUCCUGGUUCUCCAGUAUUAAAAGUAUUGACUCACGGAAUUCAAGACUCGGUGAUCUUGUCUACCAGUUCAGCAGUCCAUAUUCUGUAUGAGAGUGGAACAUCAGAUCCGGUUUUUAGGAAAGGUUUCCAGUUAAAAUAUAAAGAAGGCUGUAAUUUUGUACUAGCGGCAGCUCAAGGGGAGAUAAGUUCACCAGGGUAUAGUCGAGGGAAAUACCCCAAUAUUCUAGACUGUACGUGGUUAAUUUCGUCUCAGUCCGGUACCCCACUGACUCUUCAGUUUAAUUCUAUAUUUAGUAUAGAACAGGAUAAAGACUUCCUGAAGGUAUUUCGAAGUUCUUCUGAAAACGACCCAGCCCACUCUGGGGAAGGUUUUACAGGAGUUACUGUCCCUGCUUUGAUCGUAUCAGGAAGCGGUAGUUUGUUGAUCAAGUUCACCACGAGUGCUUUAGGUCAAGCUAAAGGAUUCAUGGCCACAUUUUCUGCUGGGUGCAAAGGCUUACAGAGCCCAUAUGUACAUGCGUUCCCGCACCAUGCCACCUAUCAUCUGAAUGAAGUACUAAAUGUAACCUGUACUAAAAACCAUAUCUUCUCUAAUGUUGCCUAUCUGGGUUUGACCAGUGUCCUGCUGACAUGUACUGCUGGUGGAAAUUUUGAUAAGGAAAUACCCAUCUGUUCUAAAACACUAUGUGGACCAGCACCAGAAAUACGUAAUGGUUACAUCAGAUCCAGUAAUGGAGUAUAUUCCGGCUCGACUGUUACCUAUUCUUGUAACUUUGGGUACAAUCUGACAUCUAGUAGCACCAUAACGUGUCAGAACUCUGGCCAAUGGCCCAUACCCUCUACUUGUCACGCCGAAUCCUGUCCCCCAGUACCUGAUAUAUCAAAUGGUAAUAAAGCUGUUAUCUAUGGAGACGGGGUCAGCCAAGGGUCUGUGGUUAAAUAUACCUGUCAAUCAACCUUCCAGAUAGUUGGAGUCAACACUCGUACUUGCCAGAAUGGAAAAUGGUCAGCCGUUGCGCCUACUUGUCAACGAAUUCCAUGCGGCUAUACUAAAAUAGAGAACGGGGUUAUAUCCGUGUUGACUCAGCCCUAUCAAGGAGAACAAGUAACGUUAAGAUGUAAUACAGGAUAUCAUAUAUCCAGUGGUAGUGAUACAUUCCCUUGUGGUGAAAUACCCCCGCUCUGUGUCAAUAUCAAUGAGUGUACAUCAAGGACAGAUAACUGUGUUAAAUCACAGUGUAAAGAUACAGAUGGUAGUUUUGAAUGUGUUUGUAAUCCUGGUUAUUAUAAACCUUACAACGGGGCUAAUACCUGUCAAGAUAUAAACGAGUGUAAUGUUAACAAUGGUGGAUGUGGCCAAAUCUGUAACAAUGUCGACGGUUCCUAUACAUGUAGCUGCUAUGAUAACAAUGUUCUCUUUACCACCAAUGGACAGAAUGGGUAUUUCGUCAGGUCUGGAGAAACUGGUACAGAUUCCUGGAACUCUAUGAGAUUCCAACAUACUUGUAUUCCUGUGGAAUGCCCUGUACCACCACGAAAUAUUGGUAACGGGAGAUCAACAGUAUCCAAACUACAUUAUCAAAUUGGGGAUCAGGUAUCGUUUGUAUGUAAUAUUGGUUAUGUACCACAAGGCACUACAACCAUCACCUGUCAAUCAAAUGGUAGUUGGGAUUUCACACCACCACUGUGUUUAGAUGCAACCUGUCCAUAUCCGGAAGUACCCAACAGUCCUAAUGCAGUGAGUGUAACGCCGACCAACUCCAUUCGUUACCUGGAUGUCUUCACCCUAACCUGUCCUCUACCAACACAGUCUUCACAAGUCAGACCUUGCAUUUACGACCAGGCUAAUAGAGACUACAGAAUUAUGUCUGGUAGUCUUGAAUGUCCAGAGACAGACUGUGGCCGACCAGAACGUAUUCCAGGAUCUGAUCCUUACUCCAAUUCCUGUACAACAUAUGGCUGUUCCUUCAACUUCCGGUGCCGCACUCCUUGGUUCCAGGUGGCUGGUAGUAGCAGUAAGGGUAACACUGUAACUUGUGGAAGUGAUGGUCAUUGGGAUUUUGGUGAUCUUCGAUGUCCUGGGCCAACUUGUACGGACCCUGGUACCCCAGCUGGUGGAAAACAGAUCUAUACAACUUACGAGGAGUACAGUCUAGUGUACUACAAAUGUAAUGAGAACAACCAGAAACCAGGAUUCGAACCCUCGGCACAAUAUCCUUUAAAGUGUAUCUGGAAUUCGAAUAGAAAUGAAUUAAUGUGGAAUGACACGACUCCUACAUGUGUUGACAGGACAGCUCCAGUUUUCUUCAACUGUCCAACAAUGGAUAUCAAAGUUAGCAGAAUGUCAACCUCAACCGUGGCAGAACCACAAAUUACAGACAACUCUGGUGCCAUACAGUCCUUAAGGAUUUACCCAGACAAGUUCUCCGUGAACCACGUGAUCAAGUCGGACGAGUCUGUACGGUAUGAGGCGACAGACCACAGCGGUAAUACUGGAUUCUGCGCAUUUAACAUCAAACUUAAAGAUGAGCAGAAACCAGUUAUUAAAUGUAGAGAUUCAUUCGGCAUCAAUUUUUUCAACGAAAACGAUUUUAGGUCCUUCGAUGUGAACUCUUUGAUAAUAUCAGCGUCGGACGAUUCGGGUAAUGUGGACGUAACUGGGUCUGUAGAUAUCAUCCGGUUAGAUAGAAACAGUAUCGGCAAGACGUAUACAAAUACGAUUACAGCUACGGAUCCAAGCGGAAAUACUGCGUCCUGUAUCAUUCAAGUUACCGCAACAGCUGACAAAUGUCGACCAUGGACUCUUCAAAUACAGAAUGGUGGCAAAAACUGUAACUCAAAGAGCGGUGGAGGAUAUAUCUGUACAGUUACAUGUAAUAACGGCUAUGUAUUUUAUGAUAAUACUGCUCAGAGCUCAGUUGAUAUAUCCUGUGAUCCCAACGGCGACUGGUCCAGAGAAGUUCCGGUUUGUGUUGCUGUAGAAUCAUCAAUCUAUGAGCUAGCCAUCAGGGUUACCUACGUCACGGAUUCUAACAUCAAAGACUACUGUCCUGAUAAUUAUCAAAAAGAGCUGACUGGUAAAAUGCCCAGUCUUGUGUCCAGUCUGAGCUCUCGGUGUCAGUCUUUAUCACCAUCUAUCAGGGUAGAAGCUGGAAGAAGCACCACCAUACAGAACUUUAACUCUGGGGUCUAUGCUAUAUUCUACUUCAAUCUGGAGCCGAGGGAUUACGAUUCGUCCACAUAUUCAAACUGCGUGAACCUUAUUCGUCAAGCUUUCAUAGACCAGUCCCAAACCGUCUCGGCAGUACGGCAGUUAUCCGUCAAUCCCAAUAUAGGAUGUCCAGGUUCGCAGGCUGGUACAUACCAGACUAUAGUCAACGAUGGUUUUACUUGUAAUGUCAAUGAAGAAGUACGACAGAUUAGUCAAGACUACACAGGUUGUGUGACCUGCCCAUUAGGUUAUUAUAGUACAGAUGGAAGAUUAUGUAUCAAAUGUUUACCAGGAUUCUACCGAGAUCAGAAUUUACAGAGUUGUGUCCCUUGUUUAUCUAACUCACGGAAUCAAACCGAGGGAGCUAGUAGUAUACAUGAGUGUUACAGUUUGUGUCCAAUGGGAAUGAAUUCUAAUUCUGGUCGGUCACCUUGUAGCCAAUGUCGAGAAAAUUCUUACAGUCAGGAUGAGAGGACUUGUAGACAGUGUCCUCCUAAUACCUUCACACCUGGAAGAGGUGCUGCUUCUGUAGAUGAUUGUAGAGGUAUUUGUCAACCAGGGUAUUAUUCCACUACUGGUUUUGAACCCUGUCAAGUCUGUCCUAGAGGAUUCUUCCAAUCUAAUACCAGAUCAACCACCUGUUUUGAGUGUUCUUUGGACCAGACUACUUUCAAUACGGCAUCAACAUCCAGUUCCCAGUGCACACUUACAGUUGAUAUAGAUUGCCAGAAUGGUGUAUGCCAGAAUGGAGGAACUUGUUUAGUAGAGAAACAUCAGUACUACUGUCGCUGUACCUCUGGUUAUACCGGUAAGAACUGUGAAACACCAAUCAGAGCUUGUGAUUCCAGUCCUUGUUUUAAUGAUGGAGUUUGCAGUAACAAUGAUGAUGGUUCUUUUACCUGCUUCUGUAAUCAAGGUCGUUUUUCUGGAGGUCGAUGUGAGAAUGAUAUAAACGACUGUAGUAUUAACUCGUGUUUAAAUAACGGAUCUUGCUACGAUGAUAUAGGAUCAUUCUCUUGUGUUUGUCCAAUCUUCAGUGGCUUCACUGGUGGCAGUUGUCAAAGAUCACGAGAUGUGUGCAGCGAACAGCCCUGUCAGAACAGUGGACAAUGUAUAGCCUCUGGUAAUAUCCGACGAAAGUGUGUUUGUCAGUUGGGCUAUACUGGCGACAAUUGCGAAGCCCAGAUCAAUGAAUGUAGCUCUUCUCCAUGUCGCAAUAGGGGGACCUGUAUAGAUCAACAGAACAGAUAUGAAUGUCGCUGUAUGCAGGGUUAUACUGGUAGUAAUUGUGAGAUACUAUCCGAUCCUUGUUCAACGUUCGUCUGCAACAAUGGCGACUGUCUCUAUAAUUACCAAACAGCAACCACUGACUGCGUCUGUUUCUAUGGUUACGAAAAAGUGAACGGACAAUGUCAAGCAAUCAAUCCGUGUCAAAGUUCACCAUGUAAAAAUGGUGGAACCUGUCGCCCUGGUAACUCGACCUAUACAUGUGACUGUUUGGCCGGGUAUGAAGGGACCCAGUGUCAACAGAAUCGAGAUGACUGUGCGUCCUCGCCGUGUAAAAAUGGAGCGACCUGUGUUGAUCAACUCAAUGACUAUCGAUGUGAAUGUGAUAUCAAUAAACCAGAUACCAGAGGUAAGAACUGCGAGGACCAGGUAAACAGCUGUUCAUCAAAUCCUUGUAAGGGCAAUAACACAAAAAGCUGCACGGACCAUCUCGGGUAUUACGAGUGUGAUUGUUAUAAUGGAUACAGUGGACUGAAUUGUCAGGAUCUGGUCAAUCAUUGUGCCAGUUAUCCCUGCUUACAUGGUGGCUCCUGUACCAAUAUCUUUGGAGGCUAUAAGUGUUUGUGUACGGCUACGUAUACUGGUAGUAGAUGCGAGAGGGCCACUGAUUUCUGUACACAAGAAUCGUGUCGUAAUGGUGGUCAAUGUAUCAGUACAGAUACUGGAUAUGUCUGCAGUUGUAAGAACGGUUUUAAAGGACAGUUUUGUGAGAAUACUUAUGAUCUGUGUUCUAAAGCCAACCCUUGUGUUGGAACUGGUAGUAUCUGUUCUUACGAUGGUACCAGAUUCACCUGUCAAUGCUCAGGAGGUUAUACAGGGGAUUACUGUGAGUUCAGAAACAACGUCUGCUCCGAUUCCAGAUGUCUCCAUGGUGGAACGUGCCUCGAGGUCGGAGGUCAACCUCAAUGCCAGUGUGCUAGUGGCUAUACAGGAUCAUUAUGUGAGACCAACAUCAACGACUGUACCACUACAUCUUGUGGACAAGGUGCCCAGUGUAUUGAUGGUGUCAAUACCUUUACUUGUGAAUGUGAAUCGGGCAAGAUUGGUCGCAACUGUGAUAAAGACUUGACGUAUGAUUUUGAUAUGACGUUAUCCAAAUCAGGGCAGUUUUUGGCAUCUGAUUAUUUUAUCCUACCCCAGAGACUACAGUCUACUACUAUGUUUAGUUUAUCGUUCUGGGUGAGGUAUUCUAAAUCAACAGAUCCUGGUCUCAUCCUGACCAUGUAUGGAACGAGAUCUCAAGACAAACUGGCUGAAUCUUUCGAGAUAUUGAGGAUAGUUCGAGAUAAAGUUACAGCUUAUAUCGGAAACACCCAGUCCAUAUCUUACAGUGAAGCUGAUAUAGAUGAUGGGAAAUGGCAUCAUGUGGUGGUAACAUGGGACGGGACCUUCCCACUGCUAACUCUAUAUAUAGACAAUACGGAAGUUGAAGCUUUGAAUUAUGUGCUGAAUCCACCUUUACCUACUUAUAUAUGGUUUGUUCUUGGAGGAACUUACGAUGUAACAACCAACAAAAUAGAUCAAUCCAAGUCUAUGAUUGGUCGAAUGAGCCGUCUUUUCGUGACGCCAUCUGUAUUGUCGGCUGCUGAUAGGCUCUCCUUGUCGUAUGCUCUAAGCUUCGUUCCCGCCAAUCAUAUUCAAGGCUUCACAGUCGGGAUGUUGGAUGGCGUCAAUGCUUUGGUGGAUCAUAACAGCGAGUUGAAUCCAUCUGGUUGCUAUAGAAACAAAACCUGUCCUCCCUUAUUAUCAGCUGGUUCUAAAGCUAGCGUUUCAGUAUGUCCGUCUGAUAUGAUGACGGUAUCAGCCAGAGUCAGUAGACCAACAUGGCCUCAACCCAUCUUCACCAAUACUGACGUCAUCAGGACUAACUAUAUCUCCGGUGGUGAACCCAUGUCGUGGAAGACUUACUCUAUAGCGUUUGGUGGAUAUGAUACUCAAGGCAAUGCUGAUGUCUGUUCUUAUAAUCUUUACAAUAGAAGAGCGGCAUGUCCAGUACCAAAGAAGCCACUGCUAGGUACUAUCAACUGUGUGUCUAUCCAGGCUGGUGUAAGGUGUACAGUAACUUGUGGAGAGAACCAACGUCUAGCCGAACCUACCCCUGUAUACUAUAGCUGUGGAUUUUUCAACGCCUAUAAUGAGAAUAUCCUAACGUAUAGAUAUCCCUCGUGUACUUCUUGUGAAGCCCCAAAAUUGGACGUCGAAAUAUCAAUGACCUUUGACCUUCAAGCAUCUUGCACAUCUAUUGGUGAGAGUGUCAUUGCAUCCGGAGUUCGAUCUAGCCUGAACGAUCUUAACACACGCCUGAACCAGCAACUUUGUGGUGGAAACGACUGCUCCAGUAUCAGUAUUAGUGCUAGGUGCAGCAUCGUUGGCCAAGACGUGAAUAUCGUUGUCAGAAUGUUCUCUUUGAGAUCGACCAUGACAGUUAACCGUUUACCAGUGUCUACAGCUAAUGUUCUAGCCUCGUCAAUAAUAGAUGAUACUGCUAUCACUGUCAAUCUCGGUACGCUGGAUAGAAUGAGUUAUGAUUUACAGUCGACCAGAAUCUGUGAAGUGGGAAGACAAUUAGUGAGUGACUGCUGUGCUGAAUGUGGUUUUGGUACAUACUACGAUACAAGCAGAUCAACGUGUGUACAGUGUCAGCGUGGAACAUAUCUAGAUACUAAAGGAGUUAUCUUCACCAGUACAGCAGAAGUUGCCUCCCCUUGUAAAGCCUGUCCAGGUGGAAUGACCACAGCCUUAACUGGUUCUCAGACAGUCGAUGAGUGUAAAGAUUCGUGUUCACCAGGACGGUUCUACAAUCUAACUAUAGGACGAUGUGAAGAUUGCCCUGCAGGCUACUUUCAGGAAACUGCCGGUACCUUCUUCUGUCAACCAUGUUCCAUUACCAGUACUACCGCUAAUAACGGUUCCAUGUCUUCCUCCGAUUGUGUCUUAGCCUCAUCCAUUGCACCAGAAACCACUACUCCUCUGUCAGAGGGUACUGAUUCGCCAUCUGUAGGGGCCAGUACAGGAAGUGAUAUUUGGUCAGGGGAGGUAAUCGCUCUAGCAGUGAUAGCAGUACUAGUAAUCAUAGUAUUGAUUUUAGUUAUACUAUGUGUUUGUUGUCGAGGCUGUCUACAGUCUAUAUGUCCAUGUUGCGUGACCAAAGUGUCACCAGUAGAGAAGACUCAAUGGCAGUAUGUGAAUAGGUUCGGGGAAACCAACUUGAAGUUUGUCAGCUAUAAACUGUCGGAUAUUAGACGAAAGAAGCUGGAGAAGGAGGCGUUGAUGAAGGCGGAAGAGCCGAGGAAGAUUUCUAUACAGGUUCCUGUGUUCGAGGAGAAACUCGAUGGAAAGGUCAAGAAGAAAUCUCUCCAUGUUUCUCGACCAACGAGUGGACGUCCACCACAGUCUACCAGCAUCCCAAUCUUCAGUGUGAACUCUCCAGGACAUUAUCAGAAUCAACCCAAACCCCUACCCCCGUUACCCGACCGUAUUAAAAACACUCCUCCUAACAGUCCAAUAACAAUACGCCGUCCACCCAGUGCCUUCAAUAAACCUCGUGUUCAGCCCACAGAAGAUGACUAUAAAGACUUCAUAUUGCGGAAUAAUACCCAGGCUACGGACAGUCGUAUAACUAUUGAUUCGGAUGAGGAGGAUUAUAGAUAG